AGUGAGCGUAUGUCUGGUUGAUACCCCCCACAACGACGGCCGCGCAAGAGCAUAUCGAUGUCGCCUUCCGCAGACUUUCCAACAUAACCACCACAUCCAUGCCAUCUUCGGCCUCCUUUCAGUGUGUCACUCUCACUCUCCUCAUCCUCCCCGCCAUUGUCCUCGCUCUCUACUUUCUCACCUCUUUUCCACAUGCACCCGACGCACUUCUCGUAAAUCCGUCGCUCGCCAGCUUGCCAAAACAUAUCAGGAGCUGGCACAUCUAUCCGGAGGAUGUCUACUCCGGUGGGGCAUAUGUGAGCUUCCCCCCUGGAAGGACGCGAUACUGGCUGCUGGGUCCGGAAGAUGGGAUCAAGAUCGUGCUCAUUCAUGGUCUCAGCGUACCCUCUCUCAUAUGGAAAGAGGUUGCUCCGCACCUCGCCGAACGUGGCUUCCACGUGCUCCUCUAUGACCUCUACGGCCGCGGCUACUCGGACGCCCCACAGACAACAUACGACGUCUCGCUCUACACGACACAGCUCGCAUUGCUGCUGCAGUACAUCGGCUGGGACAGCACCAACCUCUGCGGUGUGUCUAUGGGCGGCGGAAUCGCGGCGGCCUUCGCGGUGCAGUUCCCACAUCUCGUCCAGGGCGACGUUGCGCUUAUCGCCACAACCGGCGUCGUUGACGCCGCAGAUCUGUCGCGCACCUCGCGCUUCCUGUCGUCGCCGGUCAUGCAGUUCAUCACGGCGAGCGCGCCGUUCCGGAUGUACCUUCGACACCUCGCGAGCAACGCGUCCCGGAUCGACAACGCCUGCGACGAGCUCGUGCGCAUACAGAGCGCACACCUCCCGGGAUACAACCCUGCGAUCGCGAGCAGCAUACGCGAUGGCCCGAUACGUGCACUGGCGCCGGUGUUUGCGCAGCUCGGAAGGCAGAUGCGCAAGCGUGCGAAGGGCGCGGCUGGAGGCGGGCGGGUGUUGCUCGUGUGGGGGACGCGGGACAGCGUGGUGCCGUACCAGUACGCUGCGCGCGUGCGGUCGUUGAUUGGGGACGAAAGCGCUAGCAUGGUCACGCUCGACGACGCAGGGCACGACCUCACAGUGACGCGUGGAGACGAUAUCGUCCAAGAGCUUGUGGCGUUCUUUGGGAAUGAAGGAGCAAAAGAGUAGCUCUCUCUGCCGAACGGUCCCUACACUCUUAUUCGGGAUGCAGCUUCCCAGCGCCAUGUCCAGUGGCGCUGUACUGCUGCAGGCCCAGCUUCGGCGUGAACGUAGUCGCCGACCUCUCAUCUUGCAUAUUGCCAUCGCGAUAUCGCGCGUCCUGCUUAUGCCCACCCAGUUCGCUGUCUGGACUCGCAGGAAGGUUGUUGCACAACGGACAUCCCACACUUGAAGCCCUCCGAUUCAUGAACGCACCUUUCCUUGCUCCUGCAUUCAUAUCUUAGAGUAGACGCACAAUAGUCUUCCCGCACAUUCACCGGAUAUCUUAUACCCGUCUGCUGCUGUCGUCUCGUAUAUCGCUUUGUGUCCGUACGUUUUGUAAUCUCCGUGUUGAUCGAUGAUCUCUGAAGCUGCCUGAGUUGUUGUUCUAGCUGUAUGCCACUGCCGUGUGUAUAUUCUCUUAAAUAUGGCUCGAGGUCUUAGUAUCUGAAUGUUUGCUUCCAGGAUUAUGACGAAUGCAUUGGCCCUGGCAACCUAUUUUGUUUGCCUUCGUGCAUUGUGUUGCUCGCUUGCACAAUAUCGUCAGUGUCCUGUACAAUAUCGCUAAUAUCUCUCGAGACUUGAACUUUUGAAGCGUGAGAUGCUGCG